AUGGCUGCUUCGUACACUUUCGAAGACCUUUCUGGUGCGACCCCCACCGUGUCAGAUAAUCCAUAUGACGGCCUGAUAAAAGCUUGUCACAACAACGCUGUUGAGAUUCAAGCUCGCUAUGAGACUCAUCGCAGCAACCGUGGCGCCCAACAGAAGGAGAAGCUCACCUCUCCAGACUUUGCAGGUGUCACUGUCGACACCAUCCUCGCAAAGCUAGAAGAUCCAACCAUCGAACCCGGCUUCCAGGACCCAAGAAACUGCCUUGUGUUCUGGGCUCGUCCUCCGCCACAUAUCAAAGCUGCGUACGAACAUACAGAUCUCUGGACAAUGCCACAAGACAAUCUUCACAUGACAGCUCUAGAGAUCACUCAUUCUUUGACCGCUCCAGAGAUCGAUGAGCUAGUCGAACAAAUCCGCCCAGGAAUUCCUUCCAUCACAGAUUACACAUACACUCACCGGGCCCGUGUAGUCAAACCAUCGCUCUCCUACGACGCUCAAGCAUUUGCUCUGUCUUUCCUGCCUGCAGCUGGCGAGCCCUGCACUGCGGAUCCUUCCCGCAAACCUGAAGACGAUGACUUCACAUACCACCACUUGCGUCGCGACCUCUAUGCCUUGAGUUCCGCCACAGGCGUCAAAGUUGCGAGCAGAUAUGUUGUGCCCUCUGCUCACUUGACCGUGGGUCGCUUCAUCAAGACCUCUGAUACGGAGACCGCAGAGGGCAAGGUCGAUCACGCUCGCAUGCAAGAGCUUGUAAAAACUGUUGACGAGAUCAAUGAAUGGCUCAAAGCUGAAUACUGGCCUGUAGAGGGCGAGGGAAUCAAGGCUGGCGGUGAAUGGAUUGUUGGCGAAGGAAAAGGCCUUGACAACCGCAAGGGCGCGCUCUGGUAUGACCUCCUACUAGGCAAGGGAUUCUAA